GAACAGGAUUCAGGCAUCAACAUGAAGUGUGUUCUAUUAACCUUACUGAUGGUGACUGGUGUUGUUCCACUUGUUAGUGAAGACAUGGAAGACUUAGGUCAGAUGCUGUACUUAUUAUAUCUGAAAUCUAGUUAUAAGCCCUGUGUGGGGACUCUGAUUGCCCCCCAGUGGGUGGUGACAGCAGCUCACUGCUUCUUGCCAGAUCUCCAGGUCAUCUUUUUUGGUGGUUCUCAAAGUUUUCAAGACUUUACAGGGGAGAUUAUACCUUAUGAGAAGAUCUUCAUUCACCCAAACUUCACUGCCACUUCUCCUAAAAAUGACCUCAUGCUGAUAAAGCUGUCUCUACCUUUCAUCUUUGUCACUGAGUUUUUUCAGUUGCCUACUCUUGUGAAUAAUGAAGUUAAAGAUUGCUUGGUUCACACCUGGUUACAGGGUGAAGAUUAUUUUGGAAAUCAAGACUAUGACCUGCACAGCAUUCGUAUACAAUGGAAUCCUCAUUUAGACUGCACAAAAUUACUGGGUAAAAAAUUCCUUGAAGACAUGUUCUGUAUGCGAAACAAAGUAGGAAGCCAACAGCCAUGCCAGGUGGUCACAGCUGCACCAGUCAUAUGUGGCUAUGAAUUAAAAGGAGUUAUGUCUUGGGCAACUGGAUGUAUUCUGACAGGACACACUAUUGUCUUCACUGACCUCUCCAGCUACAGUCCAUGGAUCAAGAGCAUUAUUUCUAUGAAAUAA